CAAAACUCUCUGACAUAUGACGGUAUAACAAAAUUAAAAAAGUCAUUUAAGAGUUUAGACUUUAAGAGAGAGAGGCGUUGGUGGUGAAGCUGAAGCAGAAAGAAUGGACGCAUUACAGAGUCACAGAGUGGAGAUGCUAAGCAUAGCGGUCGCUUUGGUCGCCAUUGGAGCCGCUACCGCCUACUAUUUUUACGUCACCAAGAAACCCAAGGGGUGCUUGGAUCCUGAGAACUUCAAGGAGUUUAAACUUGUUAAACGCACCCAGCUCAGCCAUAAUGUGGCUCUGUUUAGAUUUGCUCUUCCUACACCAACCUCAGUGUUGGGGCUUCCUAUCGGACAGCAUAUUAGUUGCAGAGGAAAAGAUAGUCACGGAGAAGAAGUCAUCAAACCAUAUACUCCAACAACUUUGGAUUCGGAUGUUGGACACUUUGACUUAGUUAUAAAGAUGUAUCCACAAGGAAGGAUGUCCCACUACUUUCGUGAGCUGCGUGAAGGCGAUUACAUGGCUGUGAAAGGACCCAAGGGACGCUUCAAGUAUCAACCUAACCAAGUUAGAGCUUUUGGGAUGCUUGCUGGAGGCACUGGUAUCACUCCAAUGUUCCAGGUUGCUAGAGCCAUAUUGGAAAAUCCAAGCGAUAAAACAAACGUUCGUCUUAUUUAUGCCAAUGUCACAUACGAAGACAUCCUUCUGAAGGAAGAUUUGGAUAAUCUUGCUAGUAAUUUCCCCAAUCGUUUCAGUGUCUACUAUGUUCUGAAUCAGCCACCUGAAGGAUGGGAAGGUGGUAUUGGGUUCGUAUCCAAGGAGAUGAUACAAACUCAUUGCCCUGCGCCAGCAUCCGAUAUUCAGAUACUGAGGUGCGGACCACCACCCAUGAACAAAGCUAUGGCUGCACACCUUGAGAGUCUUGGAUACUCUGCUCCGAUGCUUUUCCAGUUUUAAGCCUUCUAUGGUGUUUGUCAUUUUACAAACUAUGAUCUUUUUUAGUUUUAAUCGUGCCAUGAACAUGCAGAAGUUAGCUUGAUUUGUGUCAAACUACAUUACUACAGCAGAGCAGCUUGAAUACAUCCCGCUUACCAAUGUAGUUUUUGAAAUAUUGAAAUUUAUAAUAAUGAAACUACUGAAAUUUGAGGCCA